CCUCCCAGCCCUGCCUGCCCCUUCCUUGUCCCUGGUCAACUUUUGCCGCGCCCACUCACAGUCGAGUGGUUAGUGGUUCGUGUUCGCGGCCCUCAUGCUUCAACUCUCCCUCUCGAGAAUCUCAUGUGUCUCCAUUCAUCCAUCAUCCGUCGAUCUUUUUUGCAUCUGACUGCGUCCUCCUCGUUGUAUAUGCUCGUGUUUUUCUCUUUAUCCUUACUCUCGCUCACAGCACCGUUGCUCCCACCUGCCUCUCGUUGACUCUCUCGUUGGAAAUUGUCCACAUUCGCUUGCAACGCUAUCAGCAAUUGUCCUAUCUCUCUAUCGUUUGGUCUCAGCCCCUACAGAUAAUGCUAAUUUGGUUCCAACCUCGCCGUCAGCCUUCCGCCCCAAUCUGUAUGAGCCUCCUGUCUUCGUCAGGCUCAGACUCCAAGCCACUUCCUCUCACUCUACAUUGAGAAAGAAAGGGAAACGGGCACAAGCAUACCGACCGACGGCACCUUGCGGAUGUCUUGUAUGCCGUCCUGAACAUCAGGGUUUCUUUACGUUAUACUCGACUCUCUCUGCCCAAGUCCUUACAGUAUGGACUCGCCCACAGAACGCAUGCCGAUUGCCUGCGUUCACUGCGCAAAAGCAAAAGCAAAGUGUGACAAGAAGGUCCCAUGCUCAAGAUGUGUGAGCAAACAGAUUGUAUGCCAGUCCCGGGCUACUCGUCGCUCCUCUCAUAAUCCCAAUCGGCGCAAUCCUCUCCCACGCCCAAACUCAGAGCGUGCUCUGCAUUCCUCUGCCUCAUUCCAUGUAUCACAAAUGUCUCACUUCUCUGCUCCAAACCCCGGCGUCAACGGAGUCUCUCCCAACAGUAUGGGCCCACGUCCCCUACCUCAACACCGGUUGAGCCUCCCGGACACAAACCACCCAAUACCAAUUGCUCCGGCCGUGUUCGGCGCAGAUAUAGAGCCGCGAAUGCUGAGAGCUGGCUUCACACAAACACCUCCAGAGAUGACUAUCCCAAUCACCCCCAUGAUGCCCAAUAUGUCUCAUAUGGAUAACUUCAUACAAAUGCAUGGAACCCCUUACGAUCAUGAAAGCGACAGUCAUUUCUUAGCUAUGAGCGGUGCUCAGCCGAGCAUGCUAGAUUUCGACUCAACCAACAUCCUCACGGACUUCAUGAGCCCUCCAACCAUGAUGCAAGACCAUGCGGACCAAUUCCUGCUGCAUAGUAAGAUGGGAAUUCCGACCCCAACCCAUAUUCCUCUCCCCAUCCAGAUUCCGGACGGAGCGACACCCUUUCCCCUUCGAAUGGAUCUGGAAAGCCCUCAGAGUCACUUGCAGUACAGGCCCCCAGCCGGCCUCUCGCCGUCCAGCUCUUCUACCACAAGUGGCCUACAGGAGCCCGAUGCUGUGGUGGCUGCCCAUCAUGCCUGGCCAUUUUUCCAAUGCAACCGGGUCGACAAACAAUAUUCGUUUGCUCCACCAAAGACGGCCUCCAUUUACCUGGAAGGCCUCGCUCAGACACUCCGUAACCAGGCUACCUGGACGGCAUGGACAGCUCAACUCGAUGAGUCUUCUCUGGACAUCGCCACAGAGCGAAAAAUUGCCACUGAACCAAUCGUAGGAUGGUCUCGAGAGAAAUUGCUCGCCAUCACUCAAAGUUUCCUGCAUAAAGCCCUGGAUAUUCACAAGGCCGAUCACGCAGCUCGAGAGGACACGCCGUCAAGUCCGGAUUCCAGCCGAGAUGCCUUCUUGAUGCUACCACCCCCAGAUGUGAUGCAGUACUUUUUGAGGAGUUACGUGGUUCGAUAUGAGCCCUACUACUCAUCAGUGCCCGCCGGCCGACUGGACCCCAAUGUUUUCAUGGGAUCAAACAACAGCAAGGCUGCAAGUCUCCUGAUCCUGCUUAUGGUCGCCUCUGGAGCCUCAGCAACAGCCACAGUCGAGGCCAGAUACAUUGCCAGUGGCUUGACAGAAGCUUGCAGAAUCUCACUCUUUGACAUGAUCGAGAAGGACGUGCUCCAAGCCCGUGAGAUCUUGGUGCUCCGGUCUGCUCUCUUGUUCACCUGCCUCGCCGCAUGGUCGGGUGACAAGUGGCAUAUGGAUAUGGCCAUGGGUCAACGCGGCAUGUACUUAGCUAUGUUGGCGCACUCCGGCAUGCUUGAAGCUGACGAAUGGUCGGUCACUGCUGAAAGUCUUGUGCAGGAUCCGGAAAGGGUCUGGGAGGAUUGGAAGGAGCACGAGGGCAAACACAGGCUCGCUCAUUCAUGGGUGAUUGUCGAUCAGGAGAUGAGCCUGUUCUCCGACACCACCCCCUUACUAUCCAUCGUAAACCUCCAUGCCCCCAUGCCCGACUCUGACGACCUUUGGCAUGCGGAGACCGCAUCAGAGUGGCUUGAGUUGUUCGACAAAGCCCAUGGGUCGACAUACCAAAGUCCAGCGUCCGUCAGAGACUUUUUCACCAGCUUCGUUGACGGAGACUUGGCGGGCAAGGAGCUCUCACCAACUCAGCUUCGAUUGCUCUUGCACCCUAUCCAGGCUCAAGUAUGCCAGCUCCGUCAAUUCAUUACGUGCCUACCUGACGGUGGGAACCACGCCAAAGCAUCCCGCGCGGUGUCGAAGGCGGCGACCAAGGCUCGUUUGGAGGAGAUCUCUUCCUUACUGCAGCAUUGGUAUUCGAUUAGCAAGCAAAGUUUCGCGGGCAACAAAGGCACAUGUUGGACGACAUGUGCAAACCUAAUCAUGUAUCACCUAAUUUCACUCAACGCCAUCACCAGCUUCAAGGACAUCGAGCAGUUUGCUCGACGCGAGGUUGCUCUUGGCUCAUUCCGAUACGCAUCGUGGUUGCAGAUGCGUUGUAUAGACCAACCGGAAGAGGCCUUCUUCCAUUGCGGACAGAUACUUCGCUUGAUCCGGUCAAUGCCCCAUCCCGUCCGCCCGCCGUGGUGGGCAGGUGCAGUGUAUCGGGUGGCACUGACCGGAUGGGCUACCAGCAUGGCGAACGGCAAUGGCCGGUUCUCGCCCACGCAUGGUCCGGCCGAGCCUGACCGGCCGUUUGCAAUUGAUGAUUUGACUCCCGAGAACGAGGCCAUCAGCAGAUAUAUGAAAUACCAAGAAGGUACUCCCAUGCUGACACGACCGGAUGGAUCUCUUGCCCCCAUGGAUGUCCCUUCAAAUCUGCUGCAACAUUGCGUUGAGGUUCUGGAUGACGACUCCUCGAUGCGACUGACGGAUGGCAUCAAACGCAAACUCCGCAUCUUCAUGGCAAGCUGGAAAGAUAUGUGAGAGUCGGCGCCGACAGCAGCGCCGGCAGAUACACAUCAUGACCACUGGCCCAGUGGCCUCCUUGUCUUGAACGCGACGCUCUCGCCUCGGCACCUUAAUGCGCCAUUUCCACCCUUCUUCUCGAUACGGCGUGAUGUUUCCGCCUCUUGUACAGUUGAUGAAUAUACGUCUCAUGUCGUUUGAUGAUGACGAGAGCAUUACCGGCGUUCUAGACGACGGGACCCUUAAAUCCUAAUGGUAUGAGCGGCAGAGACGUUCUCGGGAUUGUUGACUCCAAUGUCUUGCUUUCAGGCGGGAAGAUUGAACAGGCUCAACGAGACUCCGGGAGGGAUUUAAUUGUCAGGUAUAUACUGUGGGAGGAAGGUAAUUGUUGGGCGUACGUCGAUUUUCAUGUCGUGGUCUUGCUUCUGGGUAUGGGUCGAACCUAGUUUGGUGUCAAGGAAAGCCAAGGGAGUUGCAGAUCAGCCCGUAUGAAUUGGAAGAAUCUUUUGAAACCCGCUCUCAUAUCUCAGCUUCGCCGUGGUCUUGUGCUCCUUCUCGCCGCCCUCUGAAAAGACAAGGACCAGAAGACUUUGGAAACCUUGGGACAGGUGAAGUUGGGGCUACCGGGGCUUUAUGAGGACCCGAGUGGAAUUUCGGGAGCCAACACAGGGGGCACCAAGCGGGCACGACCGAGUUGGCACACAUUUUCGCAAACAACAAGAGACGCACUAAAGAGAGGAUUGCAUCACGGUCGGAACCACUAUGGGCGGUGCCAGAACCAAGGUUCGGUGGUAUGAAACUCCAUCGACGCAAAGCAUAUGGAGGAGCGCAAGCAUUGGUCGACGACGAAGAUAUAUGUCGGGCAAUCGGACAAGACGUGGUUCCGACAGCGUGGACUCCGCUCGAUCGACGUUAGAUCUAGCCGUAGCACGCCAAAUGAAGAUCAACCGGUGGUUUGUUGGAAAUUAGACGGCCGGUAGAAUGCUGGGGAACUGGGGAGCAUUGGGCCGUCUAAGCCCAAUGUCAGCGUGCUUCAGGACUUUAGCAAGUCAUAGUCUGGUCCGUUCUAGGAGCGGAUCUUUUAAAACGAGACAGUGGUCGGGGCCGGAGCGAGGGCUACAAGGACACAAUGUGCUAUAGAUGGGGGAAGAGGAAGGGACCAGUAGGGCCAGAUUUAGGAGCUACGGAGUUAGAGACGGGGUUCGUCUCAGGAGGAUACUAGCUAGUGGGUGUUUGUCCUUGGGUUUGGUUUUGUUGUGAGUAUGAAAUCUAAAGGCAUACUAUAGAACGAGGAGAUGGAGGGAAGAAGGGAUAUCGAGCCAGCUGAGGAGCAGCCUUGCCUGAGGCUGAAGUACGAAUGCGGGCAGUCAUAAGGCAUAAGGUCGUGUGAGGCGAAUC